AUGAACGAUUCACAACUCAACAGCAUACACGAUCGCGCCGAGCCCAGCUACGGCGUCUCCUGGGAAAACUCUGGCGAUAUGUCAUGGAUAACAUUCAGCUCACCUAAGUCUUCGACAGGUGCCCUAUGGCCGGCCCCAGGCGAGACCUUCGCCAUGGACCUCUGUCCCACGCUACACAGCUCGCACCUUCAGCUGUACGACAGCAUGAUGCUGGUUGAUAACAUUGCUCCCAUGCCUACGUCCACAUUUGACGUGGACAUCGGUGCUUCGCAUAUGCAACCCUGGCUCCCGUCGCCGCGCAGCAGUGGAGGAACUUUCUCCGACAUACACUCAGAUUCGUCACGGGCAAGUCCAGAAGAGCUGGGUCCUGAGUCGGCAUCACCACUCUGUAUCCCGAGACGGCAUAGUCCCCAACAAUCGCAAGAACACGAACGCGGCAUACAGUACGGCGGUUCUGGAGGAAGCCGCAGCGAAGCCUGUGUCAGCAACGAAUACUUGCCUGAAUUUGCAGAGGUGCCAGAGCCAGCAACCACAAGGGCUGCCAGCCCCGCCUCUGAUGGCAGCGACAUGACGGAGAAGAAGAAGAAGAAGAAGACGAAAAGGAAGACGCUCCGGGAGAAGAACAGGGCGGCGGCGACGAAGUACCGCAACAAGACCAGGCACGACAUGAUGGAGCUGCAGGAAAGCGAGCGAGAGCUGGCCCAGAAGAACAAGGUGCUGAGGACCUACAUUGAGUGCCUACGCAACGAGAUUCUGUCGUUGAAGACAGAGGUCCUACGGCAUGGCUCCUGCGAAAGCCAGAUGAUCCAAGAAUACAUAAUGGAGACGGCCAUGCAGCUAUGA